AUGCCGGGCUUCGCAGAUUCGUUCUGGUCGAGCGAUUAUGCCGCGGGACUCGGCGUCCUCUUUGGCAAGCUCCAGCAAGGUGUAAUGGAGAAUCGCCAGAUACUCACAAUAGCUCGUCUGCGCGCGGAAGCUGAAGAGACUUACGGUCAGCGUCUGUCCGAUAUCGCGCCAUCUGCAGACAGAGUCGUCGGCGGUUUCUCCAGAGACGACGGCGCCACUGUCCGAAAGGCUUAUGAUGGCAUGCGAGCAGAAAUGCAAGACGCUGCGCGGAGUCAUCAACGAAUCGCCCAGAAUAUACGAGACUUGGUUGUAAAUCCAUUUUCCCUCUGGUGUGAUGCCCACGAGGGCCGUGUCCAGAACUCGCAAGACGAACUCCAGAGCCGUAUCAAGGCACACGACCGACAAGCCGAUGCGGUUCGCAAGUUGCGAUCAAACUACUUCAACAAGUGCCGCCUGGUCGAGGACUUGGAGGAGGAGAACAAGCUCGGAUUUCAAACUCCGGAAACCAGCCCGAAGCCGAACCAGCCCACCAUUCCCGAGAUUAAAGUCCAGCCCCUCAGAGAGGAAGGGGAUCUCGAUGAGGAGAAAUACUACGAAAUUGGCGACGAUGUUUAUCAACCUGAGCAGCUCAAAAAGAUCCUCUCUCACAUGCUAUCCACCAUCAAAAUGGGCGAGACCAAAGUUCCUAUUCUUGGCACGUACUUGAAUACGUCAGCUGGUUCUGAUAUUGUCGAAUAUCUUCAACGCAGCAUGGGCAUUUCGAGUGUGAGCUACGCCGAGCGGAUUGGCCAGGAUCUCAUUGUGAACGGCUUCUUGCGCCUCAUCGGAAAUGUUGGCAGCACGUUUGCCAACAGUUCCAGAAUGUUCUAUCAAUGGCGACCACAGGCAUUCAAGUUCGCCGGACUGCCUGAGAAGAAGUUGAACAGAACUUUCUCAAUCCCCAUCGCAGGAUCCGAUGGAGCAUCGGAUUCGCCCGUCGUCGGAACCGUGAGUGAGUAUCUUGCCAAUUGGAACGUUCUCGGGAAUAGGGAUCCAAAUGAGACACCUUCGAUGCGGCUGCAACGCGAGGCUCGAGAAGCCGACGACAAAUACAAGGCCGGUGUUCGCAAGCUUGACGACUUGCGGUGUGAACUCGAGGAAGCUAUUUGCCUCCAUCUGAAGUUUCUCGAACGAUGUGAGCUCGACCGACUCAAGGCUGUCAAAACGGUCAUCCUCGAUUUCUCAGGCUCCAUUGGCAAUGUCAUUCCUAGCUUGCAGUCGACCGUGGACAGAAUGGUCUUGUUCCAAGAGACGGUUCAGCCUGCUGGUGAUCUCCGGUAUUUGUUGGAGAAUUAUCGCACGGGAAGCUUUGCUCCGAGAGUCGUGGUGUAUGAGAACUACUACAACCGGGUUGACGAGCAGACAUUUGGCGUUGAUCUCGAGGCUCGAGCUAGAGCUGACAAAAAGCGUGUACCCGUCAUUGUGACGACGAUUUUGACCUAUCUUGACCACCAUUAUCCAGAUCUGGAAGGAGAUGAGGCUCGCCGAGGAGUUUGGCUCGUUGACGUCCCUCUCGCACAAAUCCACAAACUUCGAGCCAAGCUAAAUGACGGCAAGGUCAACUCGCCAGACGUCUUUGAUGAUUUCGAUGUCCCUACUGUCGCAGCACUCCUGAAAUUGUAUCUAUUGGAACUCCCUGAUUCCCUGGUUAGCGCUCAUGUCUAUGAAAUUAUUCGCACUAUUUACACAACGCCCACAGCAGAUGGUUCGGAAGCGUCCCGCGUUGCCGUUCUUCAGCAGACACUAUCACAGCUGCGCCUGACCAACAUCGCGACCCUCGAUGCAUGCAUGAAUCACUUCACUCGCCUAAUCGACCUGACGUCUGCGGAUGAGGAAUAUGUUGCAUCCUUGUCUGCGUCGUUGGCGCCUUGCAUCCUCAGGCCACGUACCGAAACUUCGCUUACGCUGGAAGAGAAGCACGCGUCUCGACUGGUACGGGACCUAUUCACGCACAAGGACCCAAUCUUCAGUGAACUCAAGCGCAUGUCCACAUUGAGUCACUCCGUGUCAGUGGGUGGCAGCCGACCCCGGGCUGUAAGUACGGACGAGAGCAACAGAAAAGCUCUCAUGGAAGAACGUAACCGUGCCUUGGUAGAAAAGGCCACUGCCUCGCGAAGUCGAGCAACUAGUCCAGCACCGGGUCCCCGUGGUCAUCGACGCGACAGGAGCAGUGGAGGAGGACCGGACACUCGGUUCCCCAUCCAGACUAGUCCAACAACAGACCGACAUCGCGGCAGCCUGGGCGGCAUCGAGAGUCGGUUGAAGAGAUCGUCUUUGGACGUACCUGGGUUUGACGGCGCAGCCGUUGCCGACGGAACAAACGGAGCACUUCAGGGCAAAGAUGCCGAUGGCGACGGCAGCGACAAGCGCGACAGCGGUAGCCGCAUCGGAACCAAGUUCAUUGGAGGAAAGAGAGUGCCAGGAAGUCCUCCGCCCGAGAGCCCACCCUCGAGGGGAGUAACACUAGAGGACAAACCCAUGGAUGACUAG